GUACGGAACAAACAUGAGUGUUGAGUUACACGUCCCACCCUGUCCCACUCCAUUGCCAUCGCCAUGUGCGCUCGAUGCCCCCAUCAUGUCGGAUGGGUAUGGGAAUUGAGUUACCGAACCCGCCUCAUUGCCAACUCCUUCACCAACCCCGUCAAAAAAAAAAAAAAAAAAAAAACUGCUUCACCAACCCAAUCCUUCCCAACCGCCCAAGAUCGACCCACACACUCAACCGACCGGCUCAGCCAGCUCCACCCUCUUCCCCUUUCCCUUUACCGUUUACCCUCCCCGCCAAUAUUUUCCCCUUUCCCGUCUUCAAACUCCAGGUCCAGCUGCCAGUUCAAUUCAGUGUCCGAUCAAAUGAAACAAAAUACCAGGUCGUCAAAUUGAAGAACCUUCCCCGCUUCCCGUACUUCAGAUCAGUGUCCGUACUUCAGAUUCAGGAUCUGCUACUGCUUUUCCACUUGCAGAAGGAGUCAACGCAUCGGCAAAUUCAGAUUUCACAAGUCGAAAUUGACAGCGGGGGGAGCAAUAUGGGAUCUCAAGGACAACGCGGUAGUGGCAGCAACAGGCGCUUCGGAAGGUACGAGCUCGGGAGGACGCUUGGGGAAGGAAGUUUCGCGAAGGUCAAGCUUGCCAGGAACACCGAGACUGGGGAGACCGUUGCCAUCAAGAUCCUCGACAAGGACAAUCUCCUCAAAACUAAGAUGAUCGCUCAGAUUAAGCGAGAAAUAUCAACCAUGAAGCACAUUCGACACCCAAAUGUCAUCCGUAUGCAUGAGGUAAUGGUAAGCAAGGAAAGGAUAUAUAUGGUCAUGGAGUUUGUGGCUGGUGGUGAACUUUUCGAAAAAGUUGCAAGAGGGAGGCUGAAAGAAGCUGCAGCAAGGAGGUGUUUUCAGCAGCUUAUAAAUGCAGUCGAUUAUUGCCACACUAGAGGCGUGUAUCAUCGAGACCUAAAGCUCGAGAAUCUGCUUCUAGAUGGUUCUCGAGUACUUAAAGUUGCGGACUUUGGACUGAGUGCAUUGCCUCAGCAACUUAGGGGAGAUGGGUUACUUCACACAAUGUGUGGCACCCCGACUUAUAUUGCUCCAGAGGUAAUCUCCAGGAAGGGUUAUGAUGGAGCCAAGGCAGAUGUAUGGUCUUGUGGUGUGAUUCUUUUUGUCAUGUUGGCUGGCUACAUGCCUUUUCAUGAUUCGAACAUAUUGGCGAUGUACAAAAAGAUUUAUAAAGCUGAUUAUUCAUGUCCUCCUUGUUUCUCCACCAGUGGAAAGGAACUCAUUAAAAGGAUAUUGGAUCCCGACCCAGCUACACGAAUCAGUAUUGCCGAGAUUAUUGAAAAUGAAUGGUUUAAGAAAGACUACGAGCCACCUGUUUUUGAACACGCUGACAUUAGCCUUGAUGAUGUGGACUCCUUCUUCAAUGAUUCAGCAGACACUCGGAAUCUCGUUGUGGCUCCUAUGGAUCCUUCUGAACUGAUCGCUACAUCUCGGAGUCUCAAUCUCAGUAGUCCAUUCCAGAGGCAGAUGGGACUUGGUAAACGUGAAACUGGAUCUGCUUCAGAAAGAACUGCUAGUGACAUAAUGUCACAAAUUGAAGCAGCAGCAACAUCUUUGCAUUUUCACGUGAAGAAGAAUAACUUGAAGAUGACUCUUCAAGGAGAGAAGACAGGACCUAAAGGUCACCUGUCAAUAUCAGCUGAAAUCUUUGAGGUGGCUCCUUCUCAAUUCACGGUCGAGCUUCGCAAGUCUGGUGGUGACGCCCUGCAAUUUCACAAGUUUUACAAGGCCAUCUCGACUGGCUUGAAGGGUGUUGUUUGGAGAACAGUGGAUGAAGAGAAGGAAGAAGGGAACGUAUAGGUUGGAAGCACGAGUUGAAAAGGUGUGCAAUAUGACACUACUCCCUCCCUUUCCUCUGCAAGUGUGGAUCCUCACCAACCUUACGAUGAAGAUCAACUUGUAGUUCCUCAUUUUCAUUCCACUAUCAGUAUGAAAGCCUCCACAAUGAACUGUAUAAUCCAUU